UGCACCUUUACUAGUUCGUCUUACCAGUAGAUGCUACUAUUCCCCUUGAACUACUAUAUCAUUUGACCCGCAUAUCAACUAUGAGCGUGCCACCUUCAAGCGCUCCUCCUAUCCCUCCCACAACCUUCCAAACUCCAAAUGGAACGAACAGUGCAUCACCCAAAGAUCUUCGGGACUUUCUCAAAUCUUUAAAUGACGACAAUCCACCAUUAGUAUUGGAUAAACCACUUUGGCUGCGCCUGCUUGCUAGCCUGCUAGAGCAAGUCUUUGGUUGUUUUCCUUAUUUCAAGCCAUCAAUGCUAGGCACCACCAACGAGCGCAUCGAGCUUACAGACGUCACGCUCGAUGUUUUUUCACGUGUCGGCAAAAGGGCUGAUUCGCUUGACUGGCUUUAUGCUGAUGAGGAACAUCUAUCCAAAAAAGUAUUUGUGCACCUUUUGGGUCUUUGCACUUCGACAGAAUCAUGGUUGGAAACCGCCGAUGAGGGCGAUUCAGACGGCGCAUCUAACACGCUAUAUUCCAAGGCUUGUGGAACACUCGUCGAAUUCUUACAACUUUUGUCGUUUUCAAGUGUCACAGGAGGAGAUUCUAGUGAUUUGCAAAGGGGAGUCUUGCAGGACAUCUUGUAUGAAGCGACAAACCAAUAAUCUCUGAUCGACACGAAUCGUGUCCUUUUGACGUUCACUGGUUCUCUACCUCACCAUGUUUAAAGACCACGACUGAGGACUGUUCCAUUCCGUGUCCUAUAGACAUCCUAAA